AUGUUUCAUCGACCAAGAACAAUACACAAAGUGGGUGUUGUAGCUGGAAUAAUUUUUGUCGUUUAUAUCAACAUUUCUAUACUAAUAUCAAUUAAAUCUUUGCAACGUUCUCAAGAUUCAAUAUAUUUACCUGUACAUUUUUACAAUGUCUCAAAUAAUAUAGAAGAUGCAAAAACUUCUUUUGAUGAUACUUCCGUUUGGUGUCUAGAAAUGGCUCAACGUUUAGAUAAUGAAAAACAUUCUCCACUAUCUCCUCAACUUCGCUCUCCUUUAUCAAACUCAACAAGACUUCAUCGUUUACCUUAUCGUUAUUCACAAUGGAAAUCAUCACCUCUUCUUCCUCGCCGUUUGACUCGAUGUGAACAUAUGUUACUGAUGCAUUUAUUGACAGUUUUCGAACGACUUUGUCGAAAGCAUCAGAUCACAUUCUUUAUGAUUGGUGGAACAUUAUUAGGGUCAUGGGUACAUCAUGAUAUUAUUCCAUGGGAUGAUGAUGUAGAUUUAUUGAUACCUCAUGAAGCAAUACCUCGUUUUUCUUUAGUAUUAAAGCAAAUGAAAAAUACAUUAGUUAGAUAUCAGCUAAUCAAACCAACAAAACCUAAAGAAAUGUAUUAUAAAAUCUUUUUUGAUCACACACCAUCAGCUGGUGAAUUCUCAUGGAAUUUUCCAUUUCUCGAUAUUUGGUUUUAUAAAACAAAUGAAACACAUUUCUGGAGAACAGAUUCUCCUGAGCAAACAAUUGAUAACAAGUAUGUUUUUCCAGUAGUUAUGAGACCAUUUGGAGAACUAUGGUUACCUGCACCACAUCAAACACAAUAUCUUAUUAGCUUACAAUAUGAAAACAUUACUUGUAAAGGACAUUACUGGAAUCAUAAAACUGAACGUAGUCAAGAAGAAAUUGAAGCAAGUUGUGAAGAUCUAAAGAAUGUUUAUCCAUUUGUGGAACGAGAUAAGACUAAUAAUUCCAUUGAAGUUCUAAGGACAAAUGAUGUUAUUGUUCAUACUGUUGUUUAUGAUUAA